GCCCAGCUGCCACCUUACUUCCCUGUCCUCAGGUCACCUCCCAGGGCCGGGCCAGGUCACCCCAGGCUGCAGCUUGGCCAGGGCUCCAGGCUUCCCACCAGGGAAGGAGGGUGCAGCCUCCCUGGGCUCCACCGGGCCUUGCCAGGCCUUGCUGCCCGGCUCCCUCCUCCCUCCCGGCCUCCUGGCACAGGGUCCUGUCCCACCCCUCUGGUCCCCUCACGUGGGCAGAGGUGCCCCGCCCAGCAGGGGUCCUGGGCUCCAGCUGCCAGCUGUAUGAGAGGGGCUGCUCUGGGGAAUCUGGGAUGGGGCCAGGCUCUGCCCCCAUCGCCCCCAGACUCAAGACAGAGCUGGAGACUUGCUCGGUCGGGAAGACAGUGGACUCAGGGGGCCGAAGCCUCAAGUGGUCCUGGGACCAGAUCUUUACCUGAGUCAUCGUCAUCCCAACAUCCCCCCCCUACUCCCCACCCAGUGUGCGGGCACCAGAGGACGCUGAACCGGAUGGUGGGCGGGCAGGAUGCGUUGGAGGGCGAGUGGCCGUGGCAGGUCAGCAUUCAGCGCAACGGAAGCCACUUCUGCGGGGGCAGCCUCAUCACAGAGCAGUGGGUCCUCACCGCCGCACACUGCUUCUCCAACACCUCGCAAACAUCCCUGUACCAAGUCCUGCUGGGGGCGCGGCAGCUGGUGAAGCCGGGGCCGCACGCCGUGUACGCGCAGGUGAAGCGAGUGGAGAGAAACCCCCUGUACCAGGGCAUGGCCUCCAGUGCCGACGUGGCCCUGGUGGAGCUGGCAGCACCCGUGACCUUCACUGAUUACAUCCUCCCCGUGUGUGUGCCUGACCCUUUCGUCGCCUUUGAGACAGGCUUGCGCUGCUGGGUCACGGGCUGGGGCAGUCCCAGCGAACAAGAACGCCUGCCCAACCCCCGGGUCCUGCAGAAGCUCGCCGUCCCGGUCAUCGACACGCCCACGUGCGACAGGCUCUACAGGACAGAUGCCGAGGAGUCGGGCUUCCAGCCGAAAACCAUCAAGGCUGACAUGCUCUGUGCCGGCUUCGCGGAGGGCAAGAAGGAUGCCUGCAAGGGAGACUCCGGCGGGCCCCUGGUGUGCCUCGUGGGCCACUCCUGGCUGCAGGCCGGGGUGAUCAGCUGGGGCGAGGGCUGCGCCCGCCGGAACCGCCCAGGUGUCUACAUCCGGGUCACCUCCCACCACGACUGGAUCCAUCGGAUCGUCCCGGAACUGCAGUUCUGGCAGGCGAGAUCGGGUGGCCAAAAGCGGGGCCCCAGGGACCGGCAGAUCGCGGGUCGAAACGCUGCGCCCUGCCUGGCAGCCCAGGCUGUCCUUCUGGUUCUCCCAGCCCUGCUCGCCUUCCUCUGAUCCUCAGGCUGGUGGGCAAGUGGAGCCCGGGGCCUACGGUGUACAUUUGUAAAUAAUCCUCCUGCUCCCCCCCUCUCAAAUGCCCACGUAUUUUUAUUUAUGUUCAUGCCAAUAAAAACCCAACUUGCUUCGCUG